CUCCAUCUGUGUCUAAAUCAGAGCACAGGGCUGUGACUAUCACCUGGACUGACUUUCAGCCUCACCCAGGAGACACAAACGGAGCAGAAAACUGCCUUUACAGCUGCAAACGGUGGUGAAGGUGAAGGGAACAGAACUUCCUUAGGUGUGAGAGAGGAUAACCUCAGAGAAGAUAAAAGUUUCUCCUCCUUUUUUUGUCUUUCCAGAAGAUGUAGAGCUCCAAGGAUAAAAAAUUUUUUUAAAAAGUAAAAGAAAAAGGAAUCAUGUCUGAUGAAGACAGAGACCCUGAUAUUGAACUUUUUGUAAAGGCGGGCAGCGAUGGAGAAAGCAUCGGCAACUGUCCCUUCUCUCAGCGCCUCUUCAUGAUCCUCUGGCUCAAAGGAGUCAUGUUCAACGUCACGACCGUCGACCUCAAGAGGAAGCCGGCAGAUCUGCACAACCUGGCUCCAGGGACGCACCCUCCUUUCCUGACCUUCGAAGGAGAGGUCAAGACAGACGUCAACAAGAUUGAAGAGUUUCUUGAGGAGACACUCUGUCCUCCAAAGUAUCCCAGACUGGCUGCCAAGCACAGAGAGUCCAAUACAGCUGGAAACGACAUCUUUGCCAAGUUCUCAGCCUACAUCAAGAACACCAAACCAGAAGCCAACGCUGCUCUAGAGAAAGGUUUAACCAAAGCCCUGAAGAAGCUGGAUGACUACCUUAACAACCCAUUGCCAGAUGAGAUCGAUGCAAACAGCAUGGAGGAGGAGAAGGGCUCCAACCGAUGCUUCCUGGAUGGGAACGAGUUCACUCUGGCAGACUGCAACCUCCUGCCCAAACUCUACAUAGUGAAGGUUGUUGCUAAGAAAUACCGCAAAUACGACAUCCCAGCGGAAAUGUCGGGGGUGUGGCGCUACCUGAACAACGCCUCCACGCGUGACGAGUUCACCAACACCUGUGCGGCUGACACUGAGAUCGAGACCGCCUACAAAGACGUGGCGAGGAGACUGGCCAAGUAGCCUGACCUGAUCGCAAGGAAAAAUAAACCGGCAACACACAUCAUAAAGAAAACAUCCCCCAUGAACGUAACACGCGACUGUCCUUUGUGAGAUCCUCGUCUGUCAUAAUAAACAAGUCCGAUGUCUUUGUUUCAGCUCCAGAUGUGGAUGGACUUUAGCUACUCGGUGCACAGUGUGUAUGGUAUUUCAAUCACCUCGGCAGAGACACGGCAAAGCAGAAGUGGAGCAGAAGAUAAAUCAAACACAUUUAACGUGAUUCGCAUUUCAAAGCCAGGUUCCAACGUUGCUGCUGUGAGACUUCUGACAUAACUCUUUUCGCUCAAAUGUGAUUGUGUCUGUCUGUAUUUAUUCCUCAUAACACAAAGCUCCCUUUCAUACCUACUCUACCGCACGGCCAAACAUUUUACUAGCUGCUGAUGUCGAGGUCGUUCACUUUAUUUAUUCCCGAGCCCACAUAAGUCUAGUCUGACUCCAGUGUUUAUUAUCGGGCUCUGGCUCCUGGGGAGACACCUUGAUUCAUCUAUGAUUGAUGAUUGAUGCUAAUUGUUUGCUGAAUAUGACUGUUCCACUCUGCAGUUUCAUUUUCAGUUCAUUACUGUGGGUGUUGCUGUAGUUUCUUUUUCUUUUCUAAUGCUUCUGAAAAUUUGAUGUAAAGGCAAAAAAUAUAUAUAUUAUUCAAAUAUAUGCUCGACAAAAAGAACAAAUGUACCUAAUAAGGGCAUUAAAAGUUUAGAACGAGGCUUGUUUCUGAACUGCUUGCAUGCGUGAAUGUCUUUCAAACCAAUUCGGAGCCUUCGGAAAUAUGAAAAGUCCACAGAUACGUGGCUUUAUUUGGAAGUAUGAGAAAUCCAUGCCAAUGUCACUGAUGGAUUCAUUCUGAAAAAUGUAUUGCAGCCAGAGCUGGGACGUUUGUUUUGCCUCAAGCUAUUAGUGUUCAGUCUCGAGUAUUGAUUUUGUCUUAAGUUACGCAUGAUAUUAUAAAUGGAGAGAGUAUUUAUUUAGCAGCCCCAAUCAGGCCUGAUUAGCCAGAGCCAUUAGUGCUGCGAUGAAAAGCGUCUUCCAGGCCAGGUCCGCGAUGGUCAGGAGCCCUGCCCUCCAGCCCUUCAUCAGAAAGACAUUUCCUCCUCUCUGAGGACUUCAUCAACAUCCGCAGCCUAAAAGUUAAAGUUCAAAAGUUUCAUUGUCUAGCAGAGAACAGAGAAAUUUGUCUCGGGGCUUAUCGUCUUUGGCUUGCUGUCGGGCUUGCAACUAUAGCGCGACUUCCUUGAAGAACCAUAAGGCUCUUGUGUGGUUUGGACAAACACAUGAUAUGAAACUGGAGCAUGAUGACUGAAAGGCUUUCUCAUUGCAAAGCUCUACAAAUAAAAUAAUAUUU